AUGAAGGCUUCAUGGAAAGCACGCCUGGCUGGUCCAGGAUAUGUCAUUCUCAAUGGCAUUCGAGUUAUCAACAUCAUCACUUUCUUGGACAUAAUUGCUGCCAGCGCGGUAAUGCUGGUAAAAAUCUCACUCACGAGCGGCUUUUUCUUCUUCGAGGCCGUCACGCAUGCCGUGACAGCUGGUGUGAGCAUAUUUCUUCUUAUUUCCGAACUUCCCUGGUUACGCAGCUACUUCGAUCGAGACUGGCCAUUACUCGGACAUAAUUCUGGAUUCAUCACCUUGGGGGUAGCGAUGUUCAUGCUUGGCGCCGGAGUGUUGGGCAAUCUGAACCGGAAAGACAUGGGCCAAGAUCAUCUUGGUAUAACAUUUUGGAGGAUCGUCCUCUCCGCAGGGGUCCUGGGAUUGGUUAUGAGUGCGAUUAAUCUCGUUUCGAGCUUUGUUUUCGCAGAUGGAGGAAAAGGCGUCACUGCACGCCAAAUUCGAAUUUAUGGAGCGGUUGCAGGCCAGAAAGGAGAGAUCCCGCGAACCGGCAGUCACAGAAUAUUCAGACUCAGCAUGAAACGCGAGGAUACCCUACCGAUAUACAGCCCUCAAGCCGGGAGGAGAUCGCCAACCGACCGAAACUCAACCCGGUUCCCUUUGAAAAUCGAGAAAAUCUCGAGCCCCCCUCCGAAUGAUGCAGCAUCGUCGAAAUACUCUAGGGACGAAUCUGGCAUCGCGCCUCCGGAUUUGGCACAUCAUCCGGCUCUGAAGGCAGGGUAUAUUUGA